UCAUCGGUCGGUUACUUUCAGUCGAAAAUUCGUGAAAGUAACGUACAGGGGGCGAUAAAUUUCUGUGUUAGGUGAUUCAGCGUGCUCUUAAAAUGACAUUUCUGUCAUUUAGAAAGCGUUUUUACUUGUUUUUGUGCUUAUCAAAUUUCAAGUGAACCCCCCCCCCAGACCGCUAACGUUUCAGCGAACUGUAACUGCUGGCAAUGUCGGACGAGGAGAAGGAAGAUGAGAAGCCGUUCGCGGUGGAGCGCGCAAAGACCGGCCGCGCGAAAUGCAAGAAGUGCAAGUGCCCGAUCGACAAGGACACGGUGAGGAUCGCGAAGCUGAUGGCUAACCCGUUCGCCGACGGUAAGAUGAAGGCCUGGCAUCAUCUCAGCUGCCUGUUCGAGGUGUUCGCGAAACAGAGGGCCAGCACCAAGAGAAUAGACGAUCCCGAGCAGGACAUAAGCGGCUGGGCUGAUCUAUGCGACGAGGACAAGGACGCGAUACUGCAGAAGAUCGAAGAGUUUGAAAAUUCUUGUCCGUCCAAGACGAAAGCAGCGGCGAACGAGUCGACUUGCUCGAAGAAACGCAAAGUGGUCGAUUCAUCGUCCCCUAAGAAAAAUUCGAAGCAGUCGAAGGGCGAGGAACCGACGAGUUCCUCCGUCGAUCAGAAAUCGAACAGCUCGACGAAGGCUGAGGAAGAAUCGCGAGGUUCGAGCAAGGACGACGCGUUUCACGAGUUCCAACGACUCUGCGACCAUUUGGCCAAAGUCGACGCGUACACCGAAAAGACCGCUAUCGUCAGGAAGAUGUUGACCAAAGGUUCCGAAGGGGAUGGUUUCAAGAGCGACGCGAAGCUCUGGUGCAGAAUGCUGCUUCCCGGUGUGGCGAAGAGAGUGUACAACCUGCAGAGCAAGCAGCUGGUGAAACUAUUCGCUCGUAUCUUGGUCCAGGACGAGGACGAUAUGUCGGAGCACCUGGAGCAGGGCGACGUCGCCGAAACUGUUCGAGUUUUCUUCGAGAAAAGCGUCUCCGUUCAACCGGCUCGGAAAAGCUCGCUCACGAUCCAAGAGGUGGAUGGGUUUCUAGAGAAGCUGUCGUUUCUGACCAGAGAGGAGGAGCAGAUUAAUCAUUUUAGGUCGAUCGUUUCAAGGUGCACCGCGAACGACUUGAAGAUGAUCAUCAGACUGAUCAAACAUGAUCUGAGGAUAAAUGCUGGUCCGAAGCACAUUUUGUCAGCGAUUCAUGAACGCGCCUAUGAAGCCUUCCAAGUAUCCAGGGACUUGGAUAGCGUCGUCGAGCGAUUUACUUCUGGUUCUUCGGGCUCCACGAAACAUGGAAAAGCGUCCUUCGUGUCUCCUGAAUCUUCCAAAGGGAACAAAGUUACUCUUUCCUUGAUGACUCCGGUUUUACCGAUGCUGGCUGAAGCUUGCAAAUCCGUGGAAAUGGCGAUGAAGAAAUGCUCCAAUGGGAUGCUGUCCGAAGUGAAAUACGAUGGAGAACGAGUCCAGGUGCACAAGAAGGGCAACGAGUUUCGAUACUUCAGCAGGUCUCUGAAACCUGUUCUUGCUCACAAGGUGAAUCUCUUCAAGGAUUAUAUUCCAAAAGCUUUUCCAGACGGCGAUGAUCUGAUCCUGGACUCGGAGGUAUUGAUGAUCGACACGAAGACUGGACAGCCGCUUCCAUUUGGUAGUUUAGGGAUUCAUAAAAAAGCCGAGUUCAAAGACGCCACCGUUUGCCUGUUCGUGUUCGAUUGUAUUUAUUACAACGGCGAUGUUUUGUUGCACAAAACUAUGAUGGAGCGAAGAAGAAUUUUAAAAGAGAGAAUGACCGAGAUACCUAACAGAAUUAUGCUUUCCGAGGUCCAGGAGGUUCAUCAUCCUCAAGACUUGGCGAAAAUGAUCGCCAAAGUGUUUAAACUGGGCCUAGAAGGAUUGGUCUUGAAGGACAUCACCAGUAAAUACGAGCCGGGCAAGAGGCACUGGCUAAAGGUAAAAAAGGACUACUUGUUUGACGGCGCAAUGGCCGAUACCGCAGAUCUUGUUGUGCUUGGUGCGUGGUAUGGUACAGGAAACAGAGGUGGCAUGAUGUCCGUUUUCCUAAUGGGUUGCUACGACGAGGAACGGGGUAACUGGGUGACAGUGACCAAAGUACACACAGGACACGAUGACGCGACUUUAACUAUGCUACAGGACGAAUUGGACAUGAUCAAAAUAGGCAAAGAUCCGAAUAAAGUACCCUCCUGGCUGCGAGCUAACAAACAAAUGAUACCAGACUUUGUUGCAAAAGACCCUAAGAAGCAACCGGUGUGGGAAAUCACCGGAGCAGAGUUUACGAACCAAGGGGUCCAUACUGCGGACGGUAUUAGCAUAAGGUUUCCAAGGGUUACUAAUAUUCGUCGCGAUAAAGAUUGGUCCAGCGCUACCACGUUGAAGGAGUUGCGACAUCUUUUCGAAACCAGUUCCCAUUCGAUAGACUAUACCCUUCUUUUGUCUUCGGAUUUUAAGGAUACGCCGGAAACUGAUAACAAGUUGAAAUUGGAGUUGACGUCUCCGAAACGAGAUAACGAUCUAGAAAUGUCCCCUAUUCCUUCAUCGAGUAAAGAGACAGAAAACAUUCCUGGAAGUGUAAAAUCAAAUUCUAGUAAAAGAAUAAAAAAAGAACCGAUCGGUGAAGAGGAAAAGAACGUUUCUUUCGAAGAGGACGAGGAACGCGCAGAGUUCUAUGCGUUCAUAGACAAGGAUUAUAUAGAAUAUUCGGCGACUGGAACUCCGUUGAAUUGGAUCGAAGGUCGGAAACCGGAGAAAGGUUUGCCAUCGGACGCGAAACCGAUACGCGGUCUCACGAACCACGAACUGAAAUCCAAGACCAUUUUGAAAGGUGUUUCAGUUAGUUUGUCGCAGAAUUUCAAGAAAAGGAAGAGAAAGGACGCUCGGAAGUUACUGAAAACUCUCGGAGCUAAAGUGCUGAAAGACGAGGAACGAUCCAUGGCUAUGUACGUGGUUCAUCCUUGCAACGAGAUCUCCUCGUCUGCUGUUCAACAACACGACGGCAUACCGAAGACGGCGAGGCACGUGAGUUUCUCUUGGCUGGAGGCAUCCGCUUCGUCUUCGGAGUUGCAAUCGACGGAAGGACACGCGGUGGAAUUGAUCCCGGAUUAUUGUUCCUGUCCCUGUUUGCAUCGAUAAGCUCGUCGUCGGGUAAUCUCUCGGUGACCCGACACGGCGUCUCCCGAGAAACGUCUCCCUCGCUUCGUAUGAAAUUCAAUCGUGAAGAAACAGAAGGAAAAUUGUACAUACGUUCGAACGUACUCGAUGUAAGCUAAAUCAUUGUAAUUGCUCCUCGGUUGUUUCGCUAAGAUUAAAGGGAAAGCAUCGUUCGUUCGAUCGCGUUUCCUUUUUACAUCCAAGCGAUUGCAUACAACCGGAAAUAAAGUUUAUUGAAGUUUC